AUGGGCGAUGAGGCUGAUCAAUUCAAGUGGGGCGUAAAGACGGGUGUUGGUCAAAGACACAAAGCUGUCAUAUUCUACGACUCGUUUACUUAUAAAAGCGUUCAAUACUCGCUUUACGACUGUGCUUGGUUCUACAAUCCCGGUGAUGUCGAGACUAAUAUCUGUAAGAUUGUGAGGCUGUUCGAGACGCCGACCCACGAGAAAAAGGCAAGGGUUGUUUGGUUUUUUCGUCCUGGCGAGAUACGUCGAUUUUUGGGUGACGUUGAGCCAAAGUGGAACGAGCUACUUUUAGCAUCUGGGCAAGGAACGGGCCUUUCCAAUGUCGUUCAUCUGGAAGCAGUUGUUGCGAAAUGCAAUGUUAUCUGCACCUCAAAGGACACCAGAAAUCCUAGGCCCUCUGCAAAUGAGUUACAAAGAGCAGACUACGUUUUCUACCGUACUUUCGAUGUAAGUAAAAACUCAAUAUCAGAGAAGUUUGCAGAUGAGAUUUGUGGAAUUAAAGUGGAGUUAUUUUUUAACAGAAUGAAAGGUCAACGGUCAACUAAUCCUCCAAGUAACCAAGCGGAAUUAAAAAAGCCGGGUGAACACUUUGAUAUGUUUUCCAGUUCCAGGAUAGAAUUGAACAAAUGCGAAGCCAGUCCAUCCAGGAGUGGGCCAAGCAAAAAGAUGUCUGUGUUAAAAGAAUCAGACAAAGGCCUAUAUGAAAAUCCCAAGCUGAAAGGUUUUGCAGUUGAAAGUGGGACUGUGUCCUGCGUACAAGUUAAAGAUAAAUCUAAUGUGAGACCUUUUGAAGUUAGCUUAACUGAGAACGCAGAAGAUCCUCGACCUUACAAGAAGAGAACCAUUCUUCUAGAUGACAAAGGUUCCAUUAGUCAGAAAGGAGUAUCCACCAAGAGGGACAUUUUCGGAGCAGAGGCGUGUAAGAUUAUCGAAAAAGCAGGUGCUCAACUUGUAUCCAGAGAGGGUCUCAAAACUAACAAACAAGUUAUGGAAGUAACUAGAAGGCCUGAUGCUGAGAGGAGGAAUUGGUUUAAACAACUUCCUUGGGAAGUUAAACUGCAGAAAGCUCAAGAAGCAGGUACACUGGUCUUGCUAGAAAAUUUGGACCCGUCCUUUGCGUCAGUUGAAGUUGAGGAUCUAGUUUAUUGUGCCCUUGAAGAAAAGGUUGAUGCAAAGAUGAUACAGUAUAGCUCAUUUUCUAACCCGUUAUACGGCAAGGCUUUUGUUAUAUUCAAGUCACAAUCUGCGGCCGAAAAAGCAAUAUACGAGUUAAAUAGGAGAUAUCUGAUUAUAGCUGAUGGAAGACCUGUGACUGGCCGCAGAAGAAAUCUGAGAGUGCCCAGUAAAUCAACCAGUUUUCCUGGUCAUCUAGUUCUUGACAAACUUAAGUUUCAAAUGCAAUGCGAGGAGAUGAGAAAUGCGGUAUCAACUUCACACUGUUCCCAGCCGAAUACAGUUGAGUACGAUUUGGCCAUGCAGUGGCGUGAGCUACAGGCAAAGUCAGAUUUAUGGUGGAACGCUUUAUAUGAGGAACAAAGGAAGGAGAUAAAUGAAGUCAAGAGUCGGCUAAAACUCAAUCGUAAUGCGUUGCCUUUGUCAACGGUCUAACCACAUUUACGUAAGCUCACAAUCUUGCAACUGUAUGAUUGA